UACAGAAUGAAGAUGUGGCUCUUGGGAUUGGUGGUCAGUUUGGUCCUUGGGACCUUGCAUUCAGAGGGACAUCGGUGGAAGCGGACCCCUGUAGACCCUGAGACAAACAUGAAUGUGAGCGAAAUUAUCUCUUAUUGGGGCUUUCCUAGUGAAGAAUAUCACAUUGAGACUGAAGAUGGAUAUAUUCUUUGCCUUAACCGAAUCCCUCAUGGGAGGCACAACCGUGUGGACAAAGGUUCCAAGCCCGUUGUAUUUCUGCAGCAUGGCUUGCUUGCAGAUGCCACUAACUGGCUCACGAACCUUGCCAACAGCAGCCUGGGUUUCAUCCUUGCUGACGCUGGUUAUGAUGUCUGGUUGGGGAACAGCAGGGGAAACACCUGGUCUCGGAAACACAAGACUCUUUCAGAUACUCAGGAUGAAUUCUGGGCCUUCAGUUUUGAUGAGAUGGCGUAUUAUGACUUACCUGCUUCUAUUAACUUCGUCCUGAAUAAAACUGGCCAACAGCAGCUGUAUUAUGUGGGUCACUCUCAAGGCACCACUAUAGGCUUUAUAGCAUUUUCAAGGUUCCCUCAGCUGGCCAAAAGAAUUAAGAUGUUCUUCGCCCUGGCUCCUGUGGCUUCAUGCAGGCUUUCUACCAGCCCUAUUGCCAAAUUAGACUUCUCCGAACAAGUCUAUAAGGAGUUAUUUGGAGUCAAAGAAUUUCUUCCUCAGAGUACACUCAUGAAGUGGCUGAGUGCCCAUUUUUGCACUCAUGCCAUUCUGAAGGAGUUGUGCGCAAAUCUCCUUUUUCUCAUCUGUGGAUUCAAUGAAAGAAACUUAAACAUGACUCGAGUGGAUGUGUACACCUCGCUGUCCCCUGCUGGAACGUCGGUGCAAAACAUGUUACACUGGCAGCAGGUUGUUAAAUCCACAGACUUCCAAGCCUUUGACUGGGGAAGCAGUGCUAGGAAUUAUUUCCAUUAUAACCAGACUUACCCUCCUGCUUACAAAUUGAAAGACAUGACCGUGCGGACAGCUGUCUGGAGUGGGGGCCGGGACUGGCUUGCGGACGUUGGCGACGUCAGCAUCUUACUGACCCAGGUCUCCAACUUGGUGUACCACAAGUUCCUUCCAGACUGGGAACAUCUCGACUUUAUCUGGGGUUUGGAUGCGCCUUGGAGGAUGUAUAGUGAAAUUAUUGCUCUAAUGAGAAAAUAUCAGUAA